AUGCCACCAUCUGAUGAUGUCAUUGAUCCAACACUCUUAGAAGAUCGUACCACACAACAUCAUGGGCACAGCUUUGCACAACUGGCUAUCCCGCAGGUGCACAAAGAGCCUAAUGCCUGCACCACACCAAGGGAACGGGGCUUGGUUGCACAGAACUCCCGCAGAGGGAUCACUAGACUCGGAUGCAAUGUGUGGCCAGGAGAGUAUGGACAACCUAUGUCAUCUCCAUUGGAAUCACUUUCAAGGCGGCUGGUAAAUGCAGAGGGUGAACAUGCUGGUGCAUCUGUGGAAUCAGGUGGUAGAGAAUUGAUGGAGUAUGGUCACCCUGAGUCACCUGCAAUGCUAAACUACCCAGUGCCAUUGCCACUUUCGUCUGUUGGAAUGAAAUGUGCUGGUCAUCUUGCACUUGCUACUACUGAGGGUCUGCAGUUUGUCAAAAAAUUCAUCUUGCGGUCAGCCACUACCAGUCAAUUCUGGCCAACUAGACCAUUUAUCCUAAUUAUAUACAAGCACAUGACUGGUCUGGUCAAGCUUGAGUGGCCACUUGCCGCUCUCAAGGGCAACCUCAAGAUUGUGCUCCGCCCACUAGUUGAGACUGAGUUUGGAUUGAGUAAUAAAAAAACUCCAGAGGCGAUGAAAUCUAAUGCAGCACUUGCUGCCACUCUUAUCGGAAACUGCAAGCUCCUCACAUGCAAGAACCGCAAAGCAGGCAAAGGACUAUUCGAGGCCAACAUUAUUCUGAAGGGCAUGAUUAAAUGGUGCUACAAUAGGAAGAACUCGAUGGGUGUCACACUGGCAAGCUACUUCAAGGACCCUACCACUGGCAGAGCAAGCUUAGAUAUCAUGGCAGCGAUCGAGGCUUGUGUGGCGGAGUGGACAACUGGCAUGAGAAUUAAGAUGUGCUUCUACAAAGAGUGCCCUGCUGCUGUCUUCAAGAUUUACCACAAGAUGCUCAUUGACUUUGACGAGGGGAUGAAGCACACUGAUAUUUUGCCCAAGAUUUGCAAGAGGCUUCUGAGACAUGCUUGUCUCCAUGCAAAUGUCCUCGAGGAUCCAAUUGGUGUUGGUGGGACAUCGGACAACUUCUCAACUGAAGAAUUUGCGGCAGCAGUGGCAGAAUGGGAUAGGUGUGUCGAGUUGGACGAUGAGUAUUAG